CUCUCCACUCUCCACUCUCCACUCCUCCAUCCCUCCCUCCGUCUCCAUUUGAAUACGGCUUCUCCCUACUAUAUACAUAUUUACUAUACCCCCACGAACACAUAACAGCGGAGAGAAGAGGAGAAAAAAUAAAGGUGUCAUCAUUAAUACAGCACACAGCGAAAAAAAAAAAAAAGAAUACUUCACGCCUCAAUUGCACACCUCCAACCGACUUUAACAAAGAUAGAGUACCAUGCUGCCCUCAUCUUCAUCUUCAUCCCCACCACUGCCGUCGGCGCAGCAGGGGCAGGACCAGCAUGUCCCGACUACUACAGCACUACCCUCGGAUCAUACUAUCACCAAUGACCAGCACAAGGCUCCAGGAGACCCAUCUCUAAAGAUUGGUCAUCAUCAGGGGCAACAACACACUUACGAUCUUAAACAGGAAUAUGACGAACAGGAUGCAGUAACAGCCGCAACCCCCAUCGAGUCAGAGCCUGCCUUUGUCGUCCCCGAACAAGAUGAGCCAUCAUCGCACCAGAAACAACAGCAACAGCCAAAGAAGGUCUCCUGGAAGACCAAGGCCUGGGAUCUAUGGAUGAAGAAUUGGUUCCUCCUCGGACUCAUCGUUGUCAUCAUCCUUGCCCGCUACUUCCCAGAGUGGGGUCGCACCGGCGGUCCGAUCCGCCCCGAGUACUCUGUCAAGUACGGUAUCACCUCCUGCAUCUUCCUGCUCUCAGGCCUGUCCCUCAAGACCAAGGACCUGCUCAUCUCUGCGGUCAACUACCGGGCCCACCUGCUCGUCCAGCUCACCUCCUUCAUCGCCAUCCCCCUCAUCGUCAAGGCCAUCACCGCCCUCAUCGGCCUCUCCUCCUUCAACGCGACCCUCCUCGCGGGCAUGGCCGUCACCUCCGCGACCCCGACCACCAUCUCCUCCAACGUCGUCAUGACCGCCAACUCGGACGGAAGCGAGUCCCUGGCGCUGUUCAACGCCGCGCUCGGUAACCUCCUCGGCGUCUUCAUCUCCCCAAUCAUUGUCCUGAUCCUCCUCCACUCCACCCCGCAAACGCCCUCGGGAUCCCAUGGACUCGAUUACCCAACGAUCCUGCGAGACCUCGGCACCACGAUCUUGGUCCCCAUCCUCGUCGGACAGGUGUACCUGUACUUCUUCCCCAAAUCCAUCGCCUGGGCCAAGAAGAAGGUCCACUUCCCGACGCUGAACUCAUCUUGUCUGCUGAUCCUUGUCUGGACCGUGUUCUGCGAUGCCUUCCACAACAACACCUUCUCGUCCGUCACUGCUGGCGAGAUCAUCGCCAUCGGUGCUCUCCAGGCCUUCAUCUUCUGGCUCAUGACCUUCUUUCUCGGUUUCAUUGCCCGUGUCCGCCCCGCGAAACUGCGCAUCCUCAAGAUCAUGGAGCGGAACCAACAGGAGCGCGAGCGAAGGGAGGCCCAACUCGAGGACGGGUCCUCAUCCUCCAACGCAACCGUCGAACGUGGGGAAGACAGUGAUUCAGAUGUGACCAGGGGCCUGUCGCUUCCUCGCACGCCGCUCCAGAGGUUUGCAGAGCCGAUGUCGAAGAAGGAUACCGUCGCGAUCUUGUUCUGCGGAGCAACAAAGUCCGUGGCCAUGGGGAUCCCGAUGAUCAAGAUCUUGUACUCGAGCGAAACAGGAUCAGCACUCGCGGGUCUGUUGGCGACGCCCUUGUUGAUCUACCAUGUGGAGCAGCUCUUCAGUGGUGCAUUUAUGGUCGCUUGGCUGAAGAAAUGGGUCAACCGUGGCGAGGAGUCCCUCGAGUCCUUUGAGAAAAACGAUCGCAAAAAGCUGCAGAAGCAGGACCAGGACCAGCAGGACCAGGAGCUACAGGCGGAGGAGUUGCACACGACAGCACAGCAGGGUGGACCUUACAAGGCCCCAUCAUUGGUAUCGUCCGCGUCGACCUCGGUCUCUGUCAGGAAAAAUCAGGGAACAUCCGCAUAGACGAAGAAUUCAACCGCUUCAUUUCAUCCGUUCAUUCGCACCAGCAUCGAUAUCCACACCAUUCCUUUCUCUCUCUCACACACUCUCACGCCCACUCUCUCAUAUGUCAGUAAUCGCGCCCUUGUUCUUAGCCCAUCGUAAUAAAAUACCUCCUGCAUGAAAACCAGGACUGCAGCCCAGAUUCGCUAGCCCGCCUGUUUGUCCUUUGGGGAUAUCUUUUCUUUUCCCACGCCAGAAAGGCGCUCGUCUUCAGUCCAUGGUCUGUUCAUACACACUCCGAUGCUUAUACAUCUUGGGUUACACGGUGCCAUACAAAGCAAAAGUAUGAAAUAUACACAGUUUUUCUUUUUUAAAGGUAUCGAGUA